GCUCCGCCCUCUCUCGUUGGUCACGCCCCCUCCGGGGCCCCGCCCCCCCAUGGCGCCGCCGCCGCCAUGAGCGGGGGGGGGGAGGGACCGGGACCCCCCCCGGGACCGGCACCGGCACCGGGACCGGGACCGGGACCGGGACCCCCCCCCGCGGCCGAGCGGGGCGGGCAGCGCGUGCGGGGCCGCGUGCUCGCGGCCUGGAACAGCGUCAAAUACGGCUGGACGCUGCGGCCGCGGCCCCACUUCAGCCCGCGGGACCCCCUGUACCUGCUGGGGAGGGUCUACACGCCGGGGAACGGGGAGGAGCUGGCGCGGUUCCGGCGGGAUUUCUGCUCCCGGUUGUGGCUGACGUACCGGAGCGGGUUCCCGGCGCUGCCCGGGACCCGCACCACCGACUGCGGCUGGGGCUGCACGCUGCGCAGCGCGCAGAUGCUGCUGGGCCAGGGGCUGCUGCUGCACCUGCUGGGCCGCGACUGGAUGUGGCCGGAGGCGCUGCUGGAACUGGAGCCGGGGGGGUCCGCAGGAGCCGCGACCCCCCGGGACGGACACGGCCCCCCCGGGAUGGACCGAGGGUCCCCCGGGAUGGGCACGGAUCCCCCAGGACGGACAGGGCGUCCCCGGGAGGACGCGGGACCCCCUGGGAUGGACCCGGGAGCCCCCAGGACGGAGCCAGGAGCCCCCAGGAUGGACGCGACCCCCCAGAAUGGACAGGGACCUCCCGGGGUGGACACGGAGCGCUCCGGGGGGACCCGGGACCCCUCGGGACAGCCCCGGGACCCCUCGGGACGGGCACGGGACCCCUCGGGACAGCCCCGGGACCCCUCGGGACAGCCCCGGGACCCCUCGGGACGGGCACGGGACCCCUCGGGACAGCCCCGGGACCCCUCGGGACGGGCACGGGACCCCUCGGGACGGACCCGGGACCCCUCGGGACAGACCCGGGACCCCUCGGGACGGGCACGGGACCCCCCGGGCGCCCCCCGAGCCCCCCGGGACGCGGAGCAGCGGCACCGCGCCAUCGUGUCCUGGUUCUCCGACCACCCCCGCCCGUUCGGGAUCCACCGGCUCGUGGAGCUGGGCCGGGAGUUCGGCAAGAGCGCCGGGGACUGGUUCGGCCCCGCCAUCGCCGCCCACCUGCUGCGGGGGGCCGUGGAAUCCUGCACGGAGACCCCCGGGCUCGCCGUCUACGUGGCCCAGGACUGCACCGUUUACAAAGAGGACGCGGCCAGGUUGGUGCGGGGCGACCGUGACGGGGCGACAGCGGGACCCGGAGCCCCGGGACCGGGAACAUCGGGAACACCGGGAGCCCCGGGACACGGAACACCGGGACCGGGAGCACCGGGAGCCCCGGGACACGGAACACCGGGACCGGGAGCACCGGGAGCCCCGGGACCAGAAGCCCCGGGACACGGGACACCGGGAGCGCCGGAGCCGGGGCGGCGCCGCGGGCUCGUCCUGCUGGUGCCGGCGCGGUUGGGGGGCGAGAGCCUGAACCCCGUGUACGUGGAGUGCGUCAAGGAGCUGCUGCAGCUCCGCUCCUGCCUCGGCAUCAUCGGCGGGAAGCCCCGGCACUCGCUCUACUUCCUCGGCUUCCAAGGUGAUUCCCUGCUCUACCUGGACCCGCACCUCUGCCAGCCCUGCGUGGACACGGCCCGGGAGAACUUCCCUCUCCAGUCCUUCCACUGCUGCUUCCCGCGGAAAAUGUCCUUCGGGAAGAUGGAUCCCAGCUGCACCUUCGGCUUCUACGCCGGCGGGACGGAGCUGGAGCAGCUCUGGGGGGACCUGGCCCGGGUGCUGGCCCCCCCCUCGGCUCCGGAGCGUUAUCCCAUCUUCACUCUGGCCGAGGGCCGCGCUCAGCACCAGGCCCUGGACGCCCCCCCCGGGCCGCCCCCUCCCCUCCCCCGCCGGGGGAAACGCCCCAAAAAACCCAACUCGGACGAGUUCGUUCUCCUCUGAGCCCCCCCAAAUCCAUCCCCCCCCCCCCAAACACUGGAUCGGCCCCGGGCGGUGCAGCCGCGGCUCGGGGGGGGGCCGCGGGCACCUC